AUGCGGAAGUCGGGGGUGAAAUUCGGCCUCAUAGGGACGGCUUCCUCCCUCAAGAAGGGCUCAUCAUCAGCAGCAGGAGCAGCAGGCAGGGGGCGCCCGAUAGGGUCCAAGCCGGCACCGCGACGACGCCCGGCAGGCUCGACGUCGGUCUUCGACGCCAACUCGGACGACGAGGAGGAGGACUCCAAGGGAGACCUCAGCGGGGUGACGGCGGUGAACAAGAGGCUGGCGGCAAUCUCGGCCAAGCAGGAGAAGCAGGCGAAGAAGGAGUACGAGGACGCCCUGCAGGCCGACCCGUCCGUGUUCGACUACGACCGCGUGUACGACGGCAUGAAGGAGAGCCGCGAGUCUAAGGUUGCGGCAGCGACGGUGGCGCGCGAGAAGGAAAAGAGGCAGCCCAAGUACAUCGGCAACCUCCUCAAGCAGGCCAAGAUGAGGGCGGUGGAGUCGGACCGCAUCUUCGACAGGAAGUUGCAGAAGGAGAGAGAGGCGCAAGACAAGUUGGAAGGCGAGGCGACGAUGAAGUUCGUCACCUCGGCGUACAAGAAGAAGCUCAUGGAGCAGAAGAAGUGGGAGCUCCAGCAGCAGCUGGAGGACGAGAGGGAGCAGCGGAACGACGUCACCAAGACGGGCAUGGGCGGGUUUUACUCGAACCUCAUCACCAAGAACAUCGCCAUGGGCGGCGACGUCGAGAAGUCCGCCAAUAGCGCCUUCACCGCGGGCUCCAAGCGGCACGCGGCCACCGACGAAUACGAAAUGCAGGACGGAAACGAACAGGCAGCAGCAACAGCCAGAAGAAAAGAGGCCGCGGCCGCCGCAGCCGCCGCCAGCGAAGGGGGCCCCGCGAACGGCGCCAGCCAGGGGGGUAGGGAGGGUAGGGAUGGGGGCGACGCAGACAGCAGCCCGGGGAGAACCGACGAGUCCGGCGGCCCCACGGCUAGGAUGGUCGACCCCCGCGCCGGAGAACAGAAGAAAAGCAGAAGAGACGAGGCGGGGGUGCGAGAUUCUGAGCGGAGCGGCCGACGACGAGGCGAUUCGGGUGAGGCCGUGGACAACGUGGCGAAGCGGGCUCGCCUGGCGGGAGAGGCGUCGGAUGGCGGCGACGCCUCCGUUGGCGAUGACGGCGGGGUAGAGCAGCGGCAGGAUGAGAGAACAGACGAGGAGAAAAGCGCGGCGGAGGCGGCGGACAAGGCACGGGAGGCCGCGGCCGCGAAGGCGAAGAAGGAGGCGGCCGUCAGGGCGGCUCGGGAGCGGUUCCUUGCGAGAAAGAAGGCCGCAUGA